AUGCCUGAUUGGUGGCGAGACAGGACGCUCGGUCGAGCAGUAACAAGGGAGAAAGUGAAGAUGGAGGAGGAGGAGGAGGAGGAGGAGGGGGAGGAGGAGGACAGAACUAUUGUAGCAGUAUCUAUUAAGAGUCGUGGAAAGAAACCUGAUAUAUCUCAUCCGGUAUCGAUCCGUAUAUGGAAUGGAUGGACAAAGCGUGAACCGCUGCUGGCACAUACUCAAUGGCACUAG